AUGGCGGCCCUAAAAGGUAAGGAUGGUGACAGUGACAUGCACAGUGAAGUGACUGCUCCCAGUGUUGUGGAGGGGGCACAUAGCCUGCAUGAAGUAAAAACCCGUCUCAGUCACAAUCUUCGCCGUCUGGAAAAUCAAGCAUUGGUCUCAAGGGCUGACAACUACCAGGCACUGCUUACUGCCAUUGCAGGAGAUAUUGUUAACCAGAGACAGCACAAAGUAGCAAGGAGAAUGGAAUUGCAGCGAUUGCUUGUGACAGCGAAGCAGCUUGAUGAAAAGGAAAGGUUUUAUAAAGAUCAGUUAGAGUCGUAUCAAACUUAUCUCAAAACUUGCCUUGCAAAUAUAGCUGCUCGAAACAAGAAUGUCCAUGAGUGUAGCAAGGUAGGUGGAGAGAGAGGGCGGUCAAAGCAGGCUGUCAAGUAUACUGCCAUUAAACUGAAGGAGAAGGGCGUCUUAUUGGAGAUAGAAGAUCUUCCCGAAAUACAAAUGAAAAAUGUCUUGUUUGAAAUAGCACCUUUAGCAACUACAGGAAUUUUCCAUGUUCAAGUCAAGUUUAUGGGUGUGCCAAUGGAAUUUGUAGAAAUAGAUAUACAGGACCUUCUGCAGCAACAGUACGAGGGUGUCAGUGUCAAAAGGAUGUUUGCCAAAGUGAAGGUUAAUGUUAACCUCCUCCUUCAUCUCCUGAAUACUAAAUUUUACUCAAAGAAAAAGUAAGACUAAGAUAUACAGUGUAUAUACUACAACUAUAAAUCUUAUUUUGUGUCUAUCAAAGGUAUGAAAUUUUAUAGAUGAAUUAUACCCAUUAUUUUAGAGUAUUCUAGCUGUGGUGAUAUACCAGAUUUUUCUGAUAUAUUUUUCUAAAUGUUUAUAAACUGCCAACUUAUUUUUGUGUUUUGGCUACUUCAAAGUGAUGAUACUUGGCUUUCAUGCAUUUUUUUAAAAUCUCAUUUUACAUCAUGGAAAGAUGUGGACUAGUUCAUUUCUCAAAUACAUAAUUCCCACGAUUAUAUAAUACUGAGCUUUACCAGUCUGUUAGUAAUUUAAUUGAAAUUGGGAAACAUUUUCAACCUUUGGUGCCCCACAUUAAAGCCAGUCCAUUUGUAUUUGAUCUCUCUCACAGAGCACUUUGUACUAUGAAGUACAAAGGUAUAUGAAUCAUUGAUCACAUUCUGAACAAAUGAACUUCCCGCUUUAUUCUGGCUGUAACAAUAAAAAAAGCUCUUGUUUUAAUGUGUGCAGUAGUGUUGUAACAAGAUUUUUCAGCUGUGCACAAAAGAGUAUGGAUAGCAUUUAUUUUAAUUUUAUUUUUGUUGGUCAGUCAUAUUGAUUAGGGCACACCUGUGUGAAACCUUGAAUGGAACACGAGAAAAGCCAAACAUUGUUGAUAGGUGCUAUUAUUUUACAUAAUUAUAAUCAUUAUCAAACUGACAGCGUAAGUUUCAGGAGUUUAAAACUAUUAUUGCCUUUGAAGUAAAGUAGCUAAAGGUUUGUAGCUGUGUUUUUCUGUUUGAUCUGUUGUACAUGACAGUUGAGAAAGCUCGACAUUUCAUUCACUGAAUACUGUUGUUCAGUUAAACCUUAGUUUUAAGCUCGUGAAACCUUCUUAGGUCAUCCACACUGCUUUUUUCCAUAGGUAGACUACAUACAUAUAUUUAUUUGCUCUCUUGUAUUCUGUCUAUUCCUUACCAAUUUUUUGUUGUAAUUGGAAUUAUUUUUUACACAUUUGACUCGGCUUUUAGCAUAAAUUUCCUAACAAAUUAUCUUUGUGGAAAUCUUGAGAAUUGUACAUAAAGCCACGGAAAGCUUUAUUAAAGGAUCGUAUUACUGAAAAUAUUUGGUCAUUUUAAAGUUGUACGUUACUCUGGAACCUCCUUUUGUAUUAUACUCCAGUUUUAAGUAUGUACACUUAAUUUUUAAUGAGAUUGUAGUAUGAGAUUCCUUCAUUGUCUGUGAAGUGUGUAAGACCAUCAUUAUGGAACACUGUACAUAACUGCAAAUUCACCGAUUUCUUGACGGUUUCAAAUUUUCUAUUAAAAAUUUUUGGAGAGAACUGUAGCAUUGUGGUUACAUAGUGGUAAAUUCUCUUCAAAGUUUAUGAAAUGCUGCAUAUUUUUACAGACAGAGGCCAUAAGUCUUUUAUAAGAAAGAUGUUUUACAAGGAUGUCUUUUUCAGCCCGGGAUGCUUUUUCUCAUUCUUCACUAAAUGUUAUCCCAUCAUGUAAGUGCUUAUUAUUUUGUACUGAUUGUAGAGUACAUUCUGUAUGAGACAUCAAUGGUGCUAUUCAACAGGUCAUCUAAAGUUAAUGUGCAUUCUUCCAAGGGAUGGUCUAUUGUAAGUUGCAUAAUUAGAAUGAUAAAUUUUGCCAAUGCACUUUCUGUGAUGGUUAUUAUAGAAAAGAUUUUGACUUUAGAAUAGUUAAUACUAAAGGUUACCAUUUCAUAAGGUAAUAAUACUUGGUAACAGUGUACUGUUUUUCUCUUGCUGUUCUCCCUUAAGGGCUAAGGUUUUUUUUAAUACAUGAACAGUAUUUGACAUCUUGGGUAAAUCAUGCCAUGUUGACUCUUGAAAAGACCACUGAACCAAAAUUCUAAGUUUCUGCAGGGAAUUCAGCCGUAGAUGUAAGUUUAGGAAAUAACAUUCUAAUUAUAGUAUCUUAUUUUUCGUUCUUGUGUGGAGUUUGUAAUAAUUUUUCUAUAUUCAUAUGGAUAAUAAAUAUAUUCUUUUUAUAAAAGCAAUUC